UAAAUGAAAUUUCGAAUGCGUUAAUAACCCGUUCUUUAUCUUUAACAACAAAAAUGGAACAAUACACUUGCAGUUUUGAAAAUGAUCCUUUUACAUUGGAAAAGGCGAAAAAGGAGGUAUACGAAAUACCGUCUGAUAGGCUUGCCGCUGUCGACUGUCUGAGGCAAUGGUUAAAUAGUCAGGAGCAUCUUGUAUUCAAAGCCGAUACUAGAAUGCUUUUAGCGUUUUUGCGACAUGCAAAGUUUAGCCAAAAGAAGGCAAGAGAAACUCUAGAAGGUUAUGUUAAAAAUUUUGAUGAAUACCCCUGCUGGUUUAGGGAUUUAGACCCAUGUUCUAAGAAGACUGAUUGGAUACUUUCGAAGGGUUAUGGAAUUCCACUACCAGGUUAUGAUGUGGAUGGAAGAAAGGUUAUCUUCUACAAGAUAAGCUCCAUACCCUAUAAUGAAAUUGGAAAAGGUAAAACAAUUGAUGUGGAUGAUCUAAUGAAAGUUUGGGUAAUUUUGGGAGCCUAUGCUAAUUCGGAGGAAAGAACUCAAAUUCAUGGAUUUAGCCUAUUCUUCGAUUACACUAAUGUAACCAUGAAACAACUUGGCAUGAUAGGUAGGGAUAAGAUAAAGGAAUGGAAUACUGCCACUGAAGAUAGAUUGACUGGUAGGCUAAAGGCUUUUCAAAUGUAUAACAUUGGAGCCCUAUUCGAAGUCAUGUUCAACUUCAUUAAACCUUUUAUGAAGAAGAAAUUUCUAAAUAGAAUUUACGUUUACGAAACUCUAGAAGAAGUCUACAAAAAUAUCGAUAAAAAGAAUUUACCAUCGGAAUAUCUACCCGACGACUACGAUGGUCCAACUCAGGGUACAUUUAGCGAAAUGGCUGCCAAAUUUAAGAAAGAAAUACAAUCUGAAGAAUGGAGAAAAUAUUACGAUAGUAGAUUCAAUUCUUCGUUUCAUGUUGAUAAUAAAAAGAAGAAUAACGGCGAUGCACCUACCGCAUUAUUUAGAAAGUUAAAUGUUGAUUAG